AUGGAGGAAACCCUAGGCCAGGCGUGGGACAGAUAUAAAAGCCUGUUGAGGAAGAUGCCUACACACGGUUUUGAUGAUACAUCAGUAGUCCUUUCAUUCCUUGGAGGUCUUAGCAUUCAAACAAAGCUCUUGCUAGAUGCAGCAGCAAGAGGUAACAUCAAGAACAAGAUUGCAGAGGAAGCAUAUGAAUUGAUAAAUAACAUGGCUACUAAUGAUAUAACUACGAAGCUUAAAGAAACUCUUCAGCAAUUUAUGCAGGCAACUAUCUCUAAUCAGAAGAGCACUGAAGCGUCCAUUAGAAACUUGGAGAUACAAGGUGGCCAAUUGGCUAAAAACUUGGAGGAUAUGCCUGACAGGGGUUUUGGGGCUAAUACUAAAGUUAUCCCUAAGGAAGAGUGCAAUGCUAUUAUGACUAGAAGUGAGAAGCAAUAUGGGCGUUUCAUGGAGAUCUUCAAGCAAUUGGAGAUUACUAUGCCUUUGACCGAAGCACUACGGCAAGUUUAUGCGAAGCACAUGAAGCAAUUCCUCAAAAAGAAGUAUCUAGAUGAGCAAACAAUUAAAGUACAGGGUAAUUGCAGUGCCAUAUUACAGAAGACGCUUCCUCUCAAAUUCAAAGAUCCGGGGAGUUUCACCAUCCCUUGCAUCAUUGGGAAUUAUGAUAUAGGGAAGGCUCUAGUUGACUUACGAGCUAGUAUCAAUCUUAUGCCCUUAUCUAUGCUUAAGAAAAUUGGUGGUAUGGCGGUCAAACCUACAAAAGCAAUCUUGCAAAUGGUAUAUAGGUCCAUCAAGCUUCCGUAUGGUGUGAUAGAAGACGUGGUGAUGAGAAUUGAUAAACUCAAAUUUCCAGUGGACUUUGUAGUGAUGAAGAUGGAGGAAAAUGAAGAGAUACCGAUCAUUCUUGGAUGA